AUGGAUCUGUACCAGAAACUCAAGAGCUCUCUGGAUGAGAUUGCGUUACACGGCCCGGAGCUGCUGUGUCACCUGGAUACAGAGUCGCACAAUGGGUCCAUCGCCUAUACCACCUUGGCAGCCGACGCGGGUGUUCCUGUGAAGCAUCUCAAAGGUGUUGCACGCAUGGCCGUAGUCAACGGCUUCCUCGAGGAGCCUCUCCCCGGCCACGUAGCUCAUAGCCGCGCGUCAUCUCUCCUCCUGCGGGAUGACAAUUUCAUGAGCUGGGCACGCUGGAUGAUGAACUACUCCAUGCCGGUGGCGUAUCGAUUCGCCGACGCCACUCGCCGAUGGGGUGAUACCGACGCCAAAGACCAGACGGCUUUCAACCUGGCCCUUGACACCCCGGACCCGUUUUUCGACCACAUCCGUAAGAACGCGGAGCUGACAUCGGUAUUUUCCGACUACAUGCGCAACGUUACCGCUUCCCGGUCGUGGAGCUUGGCCCACGCGGUUGAGAGCUUUGACUGGGGCUCUCUCCCCGAUGGCGCCAAGGUUGUUGACGUGGGGGGAUCUCACGGCCAACUUGCCGCGCAAGUCGCGACUAAGUUCCCGCGCCUUAAGUUUAUCGUUCAGGACUUGCCGGAAACCGUUGCAGCUGCCCAGAAAGCCUUUGAGGCAGACGACAAGCUCGAUGCCGCGGUCAAGUCGCGGAUGCAGUUCAUGUCACACGACUUCUUCAAAGCCCAGCCUGUGGUCGAUGCAGAUGUUUACUUCCUUCGAAUGAUCAUCCAUGAUUGGCCGGACAGAGAUGCCCGCAUCAUUCUUCAGCAACUCCGCGAAGUGCUGGAGAAGCGUCCCAAUGCCCGCGUGGUGAUCAUGGACACACUGCUCCCUCCGCCAGGCUCAACGGCAGUCCUCCAUGAACAGCAGCUGAGAGUACGCGAUCUCAUGAUGAUGCAAGUCUUCAACGCGAGUGAGCGCGAACUCGAUGACUGGAAAGUUCUGCUCAACGAGGUCGGGAUGCAGAUCACGCAUCUAGAGCAGCCCGAAGAUAGCGUGAUGGGGUUGUUGACAGUUCAGCUGAAGCCUACCACAAACGGCAACCCUGUCAAAGAGUCAGCGUCCGAUCUGCGCAACGGCUGCACACCCAAGAGCCCGAUCACACCCACGAGUGCGGAUCAGCCCGUCCUCAUCAUCGGGGCAGGAAUAAGCGGUCUGUGCCUGGCCCAGGCAUUGAGGAAAAGCCAAAUCCCCUUCCGGGUUUACGAGCGCGAUCCAGCUGUCGACUCGCGACCGCAGGGAUACCGCUUGAAGCUCCAGGGUGAUGCCGCUGAGGCGCUCUCCGACAUUCUGCCCAAGGAUGUGUACGAGAUGUUCCAAACCUCGUGCGCUACUCUGUCUAUCGGGGAAACAGACUUAGACCCCUUUACGGGCAUGGUCGUCAAAAGCCGGUCUGGUGGAGGCUUGAGCGGCAAGAUUGGCCUUAACCCGCACUAUUGCGUCGACAGAUCAUCAUUCCGAAAGAUUCUGAUGGCCGAUAUCGAGCAGCACAUCUUCUUCGGAAAAGAGCUUGAUUCAUACAAGACCGAUGCUGAGCGUGGCGUGGUCACAGCUACCUUCAAGGACGGCCAUACAGUCAAAGGCCGAUUCAUCGUGGGCGCUGAUGGCUUACACUCGGUGAUUCGCCGUAAUCACAUCCCGAAGUCUCUGCUCAAGGACACCGGGGCUGCAUGCAUCUAUGGAAAGACACCUCUUAUACCUGAGGUACUUGCGAAGUUCCCCGAGAAAGGAGUAAGGUGGAUGACAGUCGUCUCCGAUCACGCACCCAUGCUCCAGUCUUGCUUCAUCGGGGAUUCUCCGGUCACCCUCCUGUUGGAACCUAUUCGGUUCAGCAAGGCAAGCCGUUCGCAGCAUUCCUUGCCAGAAGACUAUCUCUACUGGGCACUCAUCGGCCCUGAGCCCCGCUUUCGAUUUCCCGAUGGCACCUCGGCGUCCAAAGUAGGGGGUCUGACAUCAGGACAAGUCCCAAACGAUGCUGCCAACCUCAGCUUGGCCAUUACGGAAGAGUGGCACCCUUCCAUCCGCUGCAUGUUCGAACUCCAGGACACGCGGCAGGCAACACUCAUACGUGUUGUAUCUUCGGUCCCAGACGUUCCCGCAUGGCAGCCCUCCUCCAUGGUGACGGUACUCGGUGAUGCAGUUCAUCCCAUGAGCCCCUGUGGUGGGAUUGGGGCCCAGACCGCGAUUUGCGACGCUGCUAGUCUUGCCAAGAUUCUCACAGCAACUCAGGGAUCACCUUCCUCGCAAGCUGUCGGGGCAUUUGAGGAAGGCAUGCGCAAUCGAGCUCAUCGCAGCAUCAAGCAUAGCGAAGUAGGUUCACAGAAGAUGUUUGGUCUGCGGUCUUUGGCAGACUGCAAGCCCUGGACGGGGUGUUAG